GUUCUCCGAAGGUCAAGUUAGAAUUCGUCCCUUGAGUUAUUUUUUAAAGGCGUUAGAGAGGGUCAAUUAAUCUUACCUCGAUUUGCGUGAAAGUUACUCCUUUUAUAGCAGUGGAGAGGUGGCUUUUCUUCUUGACCUCCAGAUCUUUCCAAUGUGGGACUCUGAUACCAUUUCCCUUAUUGGAUCUUAAGGCUUUUCCAGGCAAUAGAGAUUUCGGGCUAUGGGCCCUUACUAUGUCUGUCCAUGAUGGGCCUUUAGGGAGCGUGGGUCCCGCUUUACACAGACCAAACAGUACCUAUCCGUCAGGCCCAUUAAGAUAGGCCCACCAGACUAAAUCUUACCAUCUUCAGUUGCCCCCUUCACCCCAAUGGUCCGUCUGUUCCAAGGAUCAAUGGGGUGACGAUCCUAAUGUAGGGGCAUGACGGGUACUUUAAUGACGGAAUGGAUCCGUGAAACAGAAGAUUUAAAGUAAUAGGCGGACACAACCGUCAGAAUGUAUGACGGUUUCAGAUCUUUAACCGUCAGAUAGGAUGACGGGUAUCUUGCAGUUUCAGACGGUUUCAUAUAGUCGACGGUUACCAUCUACUGAUGCGAGCAGACAGAAAACGUCUGUCAGAGAGAACCGUCAACCUUGCCAGAGAAGUCCGUCGAGCACUGGUAACCACCAAUUACCACAACCGUCAGCAUUACUCCGUCAGGUGUGGUAGAGGGCGCCCGCAGGUUAGCCUCGAGGAAUUUAGUUUCCUUGAAAAGGUUUGUAGAAAAGCUAAGCCGGACGAAAGGACCUGGGCCAAGUUAGUGAAUCCAAAGACAAUACACUGGUAUUGUGACGGUCCAGAACCUACCCGUGAGGCCAUUGCUUACGACGAAAGAAUACACAAACAAAUGGACGACGCCAAGAGAAGAGCCAUGAUAAAAUCUCUAGCCGUCGAGCAAAAGAAGACGGGUGAGAUCGUUGUUCCCAGUGUGCCGGGGUCAUCGGGCAAGAGGAAGCAGCCACCAAAGUCCGACCGUCCACACAAGCAGCCAAAGGUGUCAAUGGAGCCCAUCGUGGGCUUGAUGGCUGAGGGCCCUAAGGCCGUCAACCAAGUUAAACAGGGGGCCGGUAAGGGCCUAAUGCAUGCUCCACCCGUCAGCGAGGAGAAGCCCCCUCCCCUUCUUCGUGAUGAUUCGAAGUUCGCUUUGGAAAAGCUUACGUCCAUACUUUCUGCAGAGGACUAUGAGGAUCUGGGGAAUCACUCGACGGAGGCGAUGGGAGAGACGGGGUUAUUUGCCGUCGGACAGUCCUUGGUUAUGAUGAAGGGCUUGAUGGACCGUUGCCUCAACCGUGAAGCGGCUCUGGAACGGGUACGGUCAAAACUUGGGAAGACGGAAGAAGAGCUUAGCCAGCUGCACAAGUGGAAGUCCACCAUGGAGCAGAAAUUUGAACUGUCUGAGAAUACAAGAAAGGAGCUUGAACAGAAGACGGAAGAAGCUGGGAAGGUCUUGAAGAGCAGAGCGGACGAGGUGAAAGAUCUGAAGAAAAAGCUCCGUCAUGCAAAGGACGACGCCGUCAGCGAAUAUCGCAACUCCGAGUCCUUGUUGAAGGAGCUGGGAGGAUCGUUCCUUCAAGGCUUUGACGAUGCGCUCCGUCAGAUAAAAAAGACCUAUCCAGAUCUGGACGUGUCUAUGAUAACACUUACUGAUCAAGAUCAGACUUCUGCCCUGCCCGUCGCCUCCGAAAAUACGGAGGACCUCUUUGGGGAAGAAGCAGCUCAGGGUGACGGAGAGUCCGCUCCGCCGAAUGAGGUCGCUGUUGCCGACCCCAAGAAAGCAGAGUAACCCAUGUAAUUGUUUAGGAGGAUCCGUCUCCCUUUUAUAUACAGUUAAUUAUUUGUAGACGGUUUGUUUAAAGUUUGAUUUUGUAUUGAACAAUGUUUGAUUUUAAGUGUUGAUUUGCACAAGCUAAUCUGUUGAUCCGUCCA